AUGAAUAUUCUUGGCCUCCUCCUCUUGGUCCUUCUUGCUAUUGCAGCUCCACUCGUCGAGGCUGGAAGAUCUUGCCACACGAGCGAGCAGUGCGACUACGUGGAAACCUGCUACGAAGGACACUGUUACACCAUCGAUGAACUGUUCGAGAAAUACAACUUGAAGAAAUAA